CUGACCGGCUGUGGCGAAGUCACGCCCCAGGUGCUUUGUCAUUUCCUGAGCUGAGCUGCGACGAGGACAGCCUCACCAUGAUGAAAACGGCGGCUGCCGCUGCAGUUGGAGGAGCCCUGGCCGUGGGGGCUGUGCCCGUGGUGCUCAGCACCAUGGGCUUCACCGGGGCAGGAAUCGCCGCCUCCUCCAUAGCGGCCAAGAUGAUGUCCGCAGCUGCCAUUGCCAAUGGGGGCGGAGUUGCCGCCGGCAGUCUGGUGGCCACUCUGCAGUCAGUGGGGGCAGCUGGACUCUCCAUGUCAUCCAACAUCCUCUUGGGCUCCACUGGAUCAGUCUUUGGGGCCUUGCUGUGGAAUAAAAAAAAGACACCCCCUGCUCUCCCAACUGAACCCAAGGCUGAAGGAGACCAGCCAAGAGAAAAUGUACCUCAUGUGGAACCUCCUAAACCCCCACUCAGAACUCAGUCCCAUGAGCACAUAAAGCUUCAGGAGCACAUCAAGGCAGCUCUGGGGAUCAUGCAUCAAGCCAAAAGUCAGCACUCUCUUCCUAUAAGCCAGAAGGAAAGAGCAGAUAUUGGAUGAUUACUAGCAGCCUCUGCCACGCUGACGAAGAUGCCAGUCUCAACAGGAAGCCAUCCUCAAUCCCCACAAUGAGAAUUCACCUCUGCCUCCCUGGGCUGGCCUCCAGUGUAGCACUGGUCAGAGGGCAGCAUGAAGGCUCUCUGCCUGUAGGUCCACUCCCAGCAGACGAUGUAUGCUGCCACCCCCACACCUGGUGCUGUCCCCCAUUUUGAGGGCAGCCCUGGACUGCCACCCACUUUGGGCAUAGCCUGGCAGAUUCUUUUCCUU